AUGCAAACCAGCAGGGCUCCGGCCAUCAGCGUCAGCGCGGAGAGCUGCAUCCCGGCUGGGCUGCGCCUGGGUCCUGUGCCGGGCACCUUCAAACUGGGCAAGUACCUGUCAGACCGCAAGGAGCCAGGACCCAAAAAAAAGGUGCGGAUGGUGAGAGGGGAAUUAGUGGAUGAAGCUGGGAGCUCAGCUCUGGAGUGGAUAGGGUUAAUCCGGGCUGCCCGAAACUCCCAAGAGCAGACACUGGAGGCUGUUGCGGAUCUGCCAGGAGGACAGAUUUUCUAUCGGGCGCUGAGAGAUGUCCAGCCGGGAGAGGAGCUCACCGUCUGGUACUCCAACCCCCUGGCGCAGUGGUUUGACAUCCCCGUCACGGCCACCCCGACGCACGACGAGAAAGGGGAGGAGCGGUACAUCUGCUGGUACUGCUGGAGGACCUUCAAGUACCCCAACAGCCUCAAGGCCCACGUCCACUUCCACUGCGCGCUGAGCCACGGCCGGCCCUUCCUGCACCACGACCACGGCCGGCCCGCCGCCACCACCUUCGGCCUGCCCCCCAAGGAGCCGCCGGCCUCCUCGCUGCGCGGGCACCCUCCGCCCAGCUGCGGCCCUCGGGAGGCCGUCAAGCGGGAGGCCGCCGCCGCCUCCCCGCCGCUCGCCAAACCGGCGCUGUCCAAGCGGGCGGCGGGCAAGGAGGAGCAGGAGCGCGCCCUGGACAUGAGUGUGGGGGCCGCCCGCGGGCCGGGGCCGCUUCUGGGACCGGCGGGCGGCAACGGGCUGGCACUGUGCCCCGGGGCGCGCUCGGCCUUCCGCCCCGCCGGGUCGCUGCGGGAGGAGGCGCGGGGCGCCGCCGCCCUCGGCUUCUCCAAACUGCUGGGGGGACUGAAGGCGGGACGCGCCGCCGCCGAGGCACCGCCCAAGUGCGGGGCGCUGCCGGGCGAGGCCGCCCCGCAGGCAGCGGCGGCGGCAGCGGCGGGCCUGGCUUGCGGCGGUGGGCUGCGCGCCUUCCCGCUGCUGUCGCCUCUGGAGGAAGCCUCAGCCUUCCGGCAGGUGGAGCGCAGUCUGCCCGCGGCCGCGCUGCCCCCUGCCCGCUACCCACCGCUGCCCGGCGGAGCGCUGGAGCGCUUCGCGCUGCCGCCCUUCGAGGGGCUGAAAGCGUACGCGGGAGAGUGCGGGCUGCCCGUGAUGCCGCUCACCGUCUACAACGGAGAGCUGCUCUACGGUGCCGCGCCCUACUACCCGCUGAAGCUGCACCUGGGCGGCCUCCUCAAGUACCCCGAGUCGGUGUCGUACUUCGCGGGGCCGGCGGCGGGGCUGCACGCUGCCGAGCUGGGUUCGCUGGCCAGCAUCGACCGGGAGAUCGCCAUGCACACGCAGCAGCUCUCUGAGCUGGCGGCCGAGAAAGGCCGCGGGAGGCUGGAGGCGCUGCCGGCGGGGGCGGGGGGUGCGGCCGGAGGGAAGCCCAAGACCGGGCACCUGUGCCUCUACUGCGGGAAGCUGUACUCUCGCAAGUACGGGCUGAAGAUCCACAUGCGGACUCACACCGGCUACAAGCCACUCAAGUGCAAGGUCUGCCUGCGGCCCUUCGGGGACCCCAGCAACCUCAACAAACACAUCCGCCUGCACGCCGAGGGCAACACGCCCUACCGCUGCGAGUACUGCGGAAAGGUGCUGGUGCGACGCCGCGACCUGGAGCGGCACGUCAAGUCCCGGCACCCGGGGCAGAGCCUCGGCAAGGCGGCCGAGGACAAGAGUGACUCUGGCUACGCGCAACCCGAGCAGGAGCAAAAGACUGACAACGAGAGCGACGUGGACGUCUGCUUCACCGACGACCAGAGCGACCCGGAGAGCGGCAGCCGGCACCGCGAGCAGUGA